UGGAAGCGCCAGUGAUUUGAUUCAGAAGCGAUUGCUUUAUGGAGGAUCUUGGGAUUGUCUUUGCGACAUGCAGCAAGAAUGACGAGCUCAUGUCGCAGGUAAAUGAACGAUUGCGUAAGCAGCCCCUUGCUCCUCCACUUUGAACGAAUCACUUCCUUUUGAAUCCACCAUCUCAUUAACCAUGACUAUGGAUCAACAGAAUCUUUUAUCCGUUCAAGCAGACGCUUCAGCUUUGUUACAACCAACCAAUGAGAACAACAAGCGCGCCUUCCAAACUGACGGCGAAGGUCAGGAACAUAGUCACAACAAGAAACGGCCAAUGACCUUCAUAGCAUCGUGGCAAAAGAAAACCUAUACCAUGUCUUGCACUCCAGAAGAGACGGUUGAGCAAUUGAAAUUGAAGUUGCAAGGCUUGACCAAUGUACGGCCUCAAAAUAUGAAGCUGUUGAACCUUGUGAAAGGCAAAUUGCCUUCCGAUGAUACCUGUUUAGAAUCUCUCAGUCUUCGCCGUAAACCAGGCUCUAAUGCCGUGGAAUUUCUGAUGCUGGGAACAGCUGACGCCAAUAUCUUCAAAGACCCAGAUCAAGUUGACACGUUGCCAGAUGUUCUGAAUGAUCUGGAAUAUGACUAUUUCCCAUCCGAUCAUCCUACGCACUUGGAUCAGGCCAAAGUUCAAAAGAAGUUGAAAGAGACUACUGAAAAGACGACGAUCCGGCUGAUCAAUCCGUUAAGAGAAGGAAAGAAGCUUUUGGUCAUGGAUUUAGACUAUACCCUGUUCGAUUGUAAGUCACCAGCUAGUCAUAUCUCUGAACUGAUGCGGCCGGGUAUGCACAGUUAUCUUACGUCGGCAUACGAGCAUUAUGAUAUUGUUAUUUGGAGUCAAACAAGUUGGCGAACACUGGAAGCAAAGGUGACAGAGCUGGGCAUUCUGUCUCAUCCAGAUUACAAAAUAGCAUUUGUCAUGGACAUAUCGACCAUGAUAUCGGUUACAACAUUGAAAGCAGACGGAUCGGAAUUCAAACAUCAAGUCAAAGCGUUGGAUAUCAUCUGGAGUAAAUUCCCCCAGUUUUCUGCCAAAAACACCAUCCACGUCGAUGAUUUGUCACGAAAUUUUGCCUUGAAUCCGAAAUGUGGACUCAAGAUAUCUGCGUUCAAACACGCUCCAGUCAAACGGCUGACGGAUAGGGAGCUCUAUUACGUUGCGCGUUACUUGCUGUUGAUAGUGAAUGUGGACGACUUCACCAUUUUGAACCACAAGCGCUGGAGGAGCUAUCCUGGUGUGCUAGAAUGAGACAGCGUUGCCUCAACCGACAUACACGUAUUACAUAAAAUGGCCACCCUUUGGCUUCAUCCCCUCGCUACACUUGUAUUUCCAAUUCUGUCAUGUUCUCCCAUUUGCUAAUCCAUCACACCACACCAUACCGUUUCGUUGUUCAUUUGUCCGAACACACACCCCAUGUUUGAUCCAGUCGAAU